ACACUUUGAUUUAGUCUUCAAAGAGAAGGAGGUCCCAUGCGCAUGAACCAUCCUUUCCACUACUCCUUCAAAAGCUCCAAACAAAUAGAGAAAGGACUUGUAAAAAACACCUCUUUUCCUUUCUCAUUGCCUUCCAACAACACAAAAACCCUGGUGGCUAUCCCACUAAGCAAGCAGAAUCCCACCAUAACUUCUUAUUAAGGGAAGAAAGGAGCCACCUUUGAUGGAGGAGGAGAAGAAGGAGGCAGCAAUGGCUUCUCAAGGACUCAGCAAGCCAUGUAUUCUUGUCAUUGUGGUUGCGAGUGUGGAGAGGUUUGCUUACAAGGGGGUUUCAUCCAACCUAGUGACUUACCUCACCGGCGGCAAUGUCAAGAUGAGCGCCUCGGCGGCGGCGAAGACUGUGAGCAGCUGGAAUGGAGUGACGUCUAUGCUUCCUCUUAUCAGCUCGGUGCUUGUGGAUGCUUACUGGGAUAGAUAUUCGACUAUCACUUCAUCUUCCCUGCUUUACAUUGUGGGACUUGUGGGAUUGACGUCAUGGGCAUUAUUAGAUGCAUGGAUGCCAAUCUAUACACUGUUUCUUCCACUCUACUUGAUCUCAAUAGGCCAAAGUGGAUAUAAUCCAUCCUUACAAGCAUUUGGAGCUGACCAAUUGGAGCUUGAUGAGGAUUGCAGAGAAGAGGAGAAGGCCAACAAGAAGAGCUCAUUCUUUCAAUGGUGGUACUUUGGCAUAUGCACAGGGAGCCUCUUAGGGAAUUCAACCAUGUCUUAUAUCCAAGACAAUUUUGGCUGGGGUCUCGGCUUUUCUAUCCCUGCAGUAGCCAUGGCUUUAUCUGUGACAUUUUUCUUGUGUGGCUCUCGUUUUUAUGUCCACAAACAGACCAAAGUUCAGAAAAAAUCGCUUGAUGGCAUCAUCAAAGCUGCAAUGGCGUAUUUUUCAAAAUUUGUUUCUCCAAACAUCUCCUUACCUUCACAAAAUGAUGAGUUUGUUGAGCUCGAAUUACAACAGAAAUCGCUUCGAGAAGACUUUGAAGAUUCAAAAACAUCAGAUGCAUUUGUUCUAUCUAUCGACAAAUCUCCAGGCAUUGCAAAAAUGAUUCUAAAGCUACUGCCAAUAUGGAUAGUGCUUCUUAUGUUUGCAGUAAUAUUUCAGCAACCAGCUACAUUUUUCACAAAUCAAGGCAUGGUAAUGAAACACAACAUUGGCAGGAGCAUUGUAAUCCCUCCUGCAAUGCUUCAGAGUGCAAUAACUAUAUCAAUUGUAAUGCUGAUGCCUCUAUAUGAUAAACUCAUAAUCCCCUUAUCUCGCUUGAUAACACGAAAUGAUAAAGGCAUUACUGUGCUUCAAAGGAUUGGAAUCGGUAUGCUUCUUUCAAUUGUUGCCAUGGUGGUGGCUGCUUUUGUUGAGAUGAAAAGGCUCGAAAUUUCAAAGAGAGAAGGACCAUUUGAAGAACCAGAUUCAAUGAAGAAGCAGCUGAACAUUUUUUGGCUGCUGCCACAAUACAUUCUAUUAGGAGUUUCUGAUAUAUUUACAGUGGUUGGGAUGCAGGAAUUUUUCUACAGCCAAGUGCCGAAGACUAUGAGAACAAUAGGGAUUGGACUCUAUCUCAGCGUGUUCGGUGUGGGAAGCUUUGUGAGUGCGCUGCUGAUAUCAAUGGUGGAAAUGUUCACUACUAAUUCUGGGAAGGAUUCGAGUUGGUUCUCGAACAAUAUGAGGGAAGCUAAGCUUUACAAUUACUACUGGCUUCUUGCUUUGCUGGCCUCUUUGAGCUUCUUCAUGUUUGCUUCUGUGUGUAAAUAUUACGGUGAUGGAACUUCUGCUGAUGCUUCUAACGGAGAUACAGAAUGAUUAGCAGCAAUUCUGUUCUGUCUCAUAAGUGCAUAAAGCUUUGAUUCUUUGAGAGUGCUUCUUCCUCUGAAAGAGAUACAAGAUGAGCAAAGAUAGAUAUCUGAUCUAUUUGAUUAAAGUUUCGUUUGGAACGGCUUUUUUAUUACUUCUUAAAGCAGUUUUCUAGUACAAAAGUUUUAAUUUUUGUACUAAAAACUGCUUUAGGAAACAAUAAGAAAGCCGUCCCAAAACGACCUAAAUGCUUGUGUAUAUUUUUUCCAUUUUAGGCUGAUUUGACUGUAUUAGAAGGCUGCCAUUGCUUCUGAAGGAGAUAGGGGAUGAGCAGUUGUGUUGCUUAGUUUAAGUUCUUGUACUUUUAUUUGUUUUUUCUUA